UUUUUGGUGAAAACAACAAAUUUUACUCAAAUAAGAAUAGUGACACUUCAUUAUGAAUUUACUCAAGUCAAAAGUAAAACGGAUAAUAAAGGUAGUAAAAAUUACUCGUAAAAGUGCACUUUUCCAAAAAGUUGAGUAAAUGUAAGUAUUUACUAGCUAACAUUGCAACGACGUAAGCUGGAGAUGCGAGAAGGGAAGAGGAGGAGGAGGAAGAAAAGAUGACUGCCAGUCCGUCCCACUCCCGCAAAGGCGAUAAGUCUUGACGGCCAAAACCGAUCCGGAUACUCCGGACUUCCACGUCCAGAGAAACACAACUGACGAAGGAGACCGCUUCUUCCUCCUCCUCUUCCUUCCCCGAUUCCGAGGGAACUCGACUCAGGAAGAAGCGACUGCGGGACGGACAGAGAGUCGAGAUGCUGGCUCAGAUCCUUAAGGAGAUGUGGGUGGACCCCGAGGUGCUGGAGGCCCUCAGCGAGGAGCAGAAGAGGGUCCUGUUUCUGAAGAUGAGAGAGGAGCAGGUACGGCGCUGGAGAGUGCGCGAGGAAAAGGAAGAGAGAGAAGGAAGAACCAACAGGAACACGAAGCCCAAGAAAGCUUCCAGUAAACAAGUGAGCUGGCUCCUCAGCCGGGACGGCGAUGUGAGCGUGACUAUAAUCGGAGAGGUGGAUGAAUUUAGGUCCUCCAAGGUUCUGCAGAACCACAUGAACAGACUCCUCAGUGAUAACAGGAACUGCAUCCAGACGGCGGACCUGCUGCCAGGAAGUGAUGCCCAGCAGCUCAGCAUCAAAGAUGACGCCAAGCUCCCUCUCACAGAUGUUAAUGAGGAUCCAGGUUCACCAAUCAACCAGUCAUCUGAGGAGGAGGUGGCGGACUGCAGCACUGAUGAGGACCCAAAGGACGACGACAGCUGCGGCAGCUCGGAGAACGUUAUUGAGCUGAACCUCGUCUACAGGCCGCAUUUUCGCAGAAGCCUGUUCCUACGAAGCCACCAGUCAGAAGCAAAGAGAGUCACUCCACAGGACGGAGAAACUCGGUGGCGCAGAGAGACGUCAGAAAACGAAGGUCGCGUGGCUGAUCUCAAGAAGGCGUUUGCGGACGAUGCCUGCAGCAAACCACCCGCCUGCAAAAAACCCCCUAUUCCUGUCAAACCGGCUCAUCUACAGAAAAGCAGCAAGGCGCUGGUCCAUUAAGAAGCCGCUGUGUCUCCACCCUGCCGUACGUCAACACACCCGACCCCUGAGGAGUGGGAGCUGACGCAAACGCCGCAGCUCAUUUGUACUCCUGCUUGAGGACCCAAGUGGGGGAUAAAUACACUGCAAAAAAACGUAAAGAAAAAAAAAAAAAAAAAGGACAAGUGUCCUUUUUUGAACUUUUUCAAGACCCAAUUUAAAAUUUCCACCUGCAGAUGAAGAAGUGUCUGUGGAGGGGAGAGAGACUGUGUACUUAAUGGGGGAAACUGAAAUUCAGACUCUUAUAUUUUGGCAGAGUCUGAUCUCGAUACAGACACUGAGGGGGGAAACGUCCGCAGGUCGCAGACACACUGCUGAAUGGAAAAACACAGUGGUUUUAUACUGGGAUGACCUAGGGCGAAGUUGGAAACCGAAAAGCAUCAAUCAGUCACAAAUAUUCAUCCAUGUUCAUAUGAGCACUGGACUUUUUCUUUUCAGCGGAUCCUGGGAAUGAAAUAAAACAAAUGGACUCACGGUGAAACGGACCUCUAGUACCUUUAUCCUUAAAGGGAUUUUAGACAAUUUAAUUACACAUCUCAACAUUCACAUGGGAACGCUCCCUUGCACUCGUUCGCUGACAAGCACUGACCUGCUCGUCAGGAGCCCUUGAGGCUCCAGAUAUAUUGCUCAAGAACUCGUGGAAAUUGUUAGAACAAAACCACUGAGCAGUUUCUGGACAGCAACGCCUCUUUGCUGAUUCUUAUUUCAUACUCUAUCGCAAAUGGCUUAAUGGUUCACGUUUGAGCUGCUACUCAGCCACAAGGGAAGUUGUUUAAUACAAGGUUAGCAAGAAACUGUCUUAAAUCUCACUAUCUUCUGACUCUGCCAACACGAGUUUGGCUACUCUGUCAAUUUCUGAAUUUAGCCCAGAAAAUAUGUCAAUGCGUUGGCCCGAUUGAUCAACUCUAAGCAUCUUUUCAACCAUAUUAUAAAAGAAUAGAUGUCUUUAUGUGUAACAAGUUUCAACUUCAACUUUUCAACCACAUUUUACUUUCAGAGAAAAGGUCGUUUAAAAAAAAAGAAGAAAAAAACUUUCAAUAGGAUAUCCAUUUCUCUGAAUUUGCUCAGUGGGGAAAAUUUCAGCAGCACUUUAGAUAUUGACAUUCCCAAAUAAAUAUUAUAGCUUUAAAUUUGCACUUUCUGGUGUCGUUUAGUGAGCCAAUCAACAUGUUAGCAAGCUAUGACGCCAUGACGGAAAAUGCGAUUUUCUGGAAGUGUUAGCAUGCUAACGCUAGCAUCAAGUGUUAGCUAAAUAAUACAGAAGGCCUGGGAAGCACAAAAGCAUGUGACAGUCGUUAAAAUUAUACAAAAUUUCCAUAAUAAAGUGGAUAUUAUCGAUUGGAAUAUAUGCCUGAGGAUGACUAUAUGUGAAAUAAGAGGAAGCCUACAUAUUUUGCUCAGCCAUCGUCACAUGUUAGCAUGCUAACGCUAGCAUUAAACGGCGGCUAAGUGAUACUGUGGGGUCUGGGAGGCACAAAGGCAUGUUGGCAUUGUUAAAACAGGACAAUCCUUAACACAAUGAAGUUGACUUUAUAGACUGGAAUACAUGCCUGAAGAUGCCUAUAUGUGAAACAAGAGGAAACUUACAUAUUUUGCACUAGGAUACCCUGAAGCUUGUGCUGCCUGAUCAGAUCUCUUCCACAUCUUCUUGAAUUCUUGAGCUAUUUUCAGUGUUUGUCUCAGGUGUGGCUACCACAAGCACAGUUUAAGUCGUCAGCAUCAUUAACAAAGAAACAGUUGUGCUGGGGUAAUAAAAAGGAGCUCAGAAAGAGAAGCAAACCUGUUUGCCUUAAAACUUGUUGAAUGUUUAAGCUCAUGAUACCUGCUUGUUGUCAUCCACUGAGAAGGAUUUUUGUCUUACAAGAAACUCUAGUCUCUAUGUAUUAAGAUGCAACGUUUUGUUUUAAUCCUGAACACCCACCUGUCAUACAGCUGUGAGUCAGACACCUGUAAUCAUGUGCUGCAGCAAGCGCGAGACAUGACACCUCCGAGCCAGCAGGGUGCCCCAGAGAGCUCACGACUUCACGUACAAACUAUAAUUAUCUGAAACCUCAAAAUUUGUAGUGAGAUUUAAAAAUCAAACAAAGAAACUAAUUGGGGGUGGUCGAACAGGUGUACCACAGGGUGAAGCUACAGUUCUGUUUAUUUUACGUUUUAAAAAAUGAAAAAUUUAAUUCCUAUCAUCCAAGAAAUAAAUUGCUUCUUGUAAUUUUUGUCGUAACAUGUUUUGUAAAUUCUGUAGAGUCCAACAGAACCCUGAGGGUGGACACCGUCACAGUCCAUCAGAUAUUAGAAGCUGUGAAAAACAUGAAGCCACACAGAACAGAAGCAAGAGUCUUAGUAUUUUAUGGUUUGUUUGAGAUGUAGUUACUACCUAACUUGUGGGUCAUGUGUUCACUUUACUUGGUCACCAAUUGAAUCCCUGCUCAUGCUGACUCUGCUGACUUUUCUUUUUCAGUUUUUUUUUUUUUUUUUUUGUAUUAUACCCAAACAUAAGUAUUUGUACUAUUUAUCUGUUGUCUAUGUGGAAAAAAAAGGAACAAAUUAUAAAACGUUGAAUUUA